UUUUGUAUACAAAUGGCGAGCGCGAACACAAUCUAACAGUUUCAGAUAUGUUGACUGUUCAUAAAACAUUGUCAAAGUUUCCAUAGCACAUUUUUGAACAUUGAUUGCAAAGAUUUUCAGCAAACGUCUAAAUUCCUCUCAGAGUCAGCAACAAGAGCAUCUGAUUUAAUUGUAGCAAAGUACAAAAGUAGAUUAGUGGCAACAUGGCACCACUUGACUGGGAUCGCCUAAUGGCGAUAAACCCUGAAGACAUGGAAGAUGACCAGGCUGACGAAAUGUACAAUAUAUUAGAAGGAUAUGAGCCAACAGGUGAUGAAGAACCUUCUCGCUUGUGUCAGCUGUUUCGUGUAGCACGCACUGUGAUGCAGUUCAAGCAAACUGCAAGUGAAAUUUUGACUGAGGAACAAACAAAAUUUAGUAAGCAGACUAAGAUAAAAGAGCAAGACUUGCGGGAUGAGAUUGAAGAGUUGAAACAAGAACUGAAGAAUGUCAAGCGGUAUGGCAGUGACACAGGUGGUGGUGGUGCUGCAGCUGCAGGCAGGGACCAGGCAAGAUUUCUGAGAGAUGAAGUCCAUGAAUUAGAAAGACAGGUUGACUUACUGCAGAAUGAGCUGAAAGAGAAAGACAAGCAGAUAAACAAUGAAAUACGAGCAGGAGAAAGGGAUAAGACAAGAGUGGAAGAAUUGGAAAGAGAAUUGAAGAGUUUAAAAAGAGAGAAUGAACGUCAAGCAGAUGACAUUCGUGACUACCAGCGUCAAAUGGAGUCUCAGCGGGAAAGUUUGCUGUCCCGAGGUGGCAAAGAUGUGGAAUUCAGGGACAAGAUGACAAAGAAAAAUAGAGAGCUGAUUGAAGCUCUAGAAGAAGUUCAGAACUUGACUGAUGCUAAUAAUGACCUCCAAGUGAAAGCAGAUGAAAUGCGCUUUAAACUUGAAGAUGCUGUCCGGCAGAUGGACAGAACAACUGAUGAGUACAUGAAACUGAAGACUGUUCUCAAUCAAUCAGACCAUGCACUUGAUCAGUACAAAAGGGAAAAUGAAAUCCUCAAGGCACAGGUUGUAGAUCUGACAGAACAAGUGCAGUCCAAGACAGAUGCUGAUGAUGAAAUCAUGGUGGCUGUCAACAAUAAAGUACAAGAAUGGAAGAGUGUGAUGGCAGAUAAGGAUGAGGAGAUAGCAGAGUAUCAGGAGGAGCUAGCCAGGCUGAGAGAACAGCUGCAGGCAGCAAAGAUGGACACUGAGAAAGCUUCUGUCUCAGUCCUGAGCAAGGCUGUUGAGCAGAGAGACAGGCAAAUUGAAUUGCUUCAGCAGAAACUUGACCAGGCAGUGGCUGAUAUAGAGACAAAUACAGCUGUCACCGAAGAUUUGAAAGGAGAGUUAAAGAAAACUGGUGGUGGGCCCUCAGACAGACAAAUGGCGAAGAUAAAAGAGCUCCAGACAACACUUAGAAUUCGAGAAGAUCAUAACAAAGAUGCCGAGAUCAGAGCUGAGCAGGCUGAGAAGGAUGCCAGAGAAAAAGAUCAGCAACUCAAUGAGGCCCUUGAAAAGAUGAAACAAUAUGAAGAGGGCACAUAUGGUUUGAAAGAAGCAGUGGAUGACAUCAAAGAUUUGAAGCACCAGCUGAAUGUGAAGGACAGGCAAAUUAUGGAGCUGACACAGCACAUCAACAAGUGUGAGCUAAAGAUAAAUGAUGUGUGUGAUGAAAAUGAAGCCGUGCGUAGGAAGGCAGGACUGGAAGCAAAAGACAUUGAUUUGUCAGAAUUCAGAGAGGCCAGAAAAUUGAGGCAGCAAGAAGACAGAGCAAUGAAUGUUGUUCUUCAAAAAGAGGUGGAAAGUUUGGAGGAAGAAAGGAUUGAAUUGAAAAAGCAAGUGCGAAAGUUGGCACAGCAGACAGGGCAAAGGGCAGUGGCUCUGGGUUUGGAUGCUGAUGACAUGAUGGCCAUUGAGAACUAUACUGAGGAAUUGAAGCAGAGGCACAAAACAGGAGGCACUGCAGCAUACAUAAAACAAGAGGCUGAGACAGAUGAACUCAAAAUUAGGAAUGUCCAGCUAGCCCAGGAAACUGAGAGCAAUGUCAAAGCUUUGGAAAAGGCUCGGCAGCAACUUGUAGAAUAUAGAACAAAAUUAAAUGCAGCAGAAGAUGAAAAUAAAAAACUGGAGCAAGGCAUGAAAGAAAUAUUACAAGCACUGAAGGAGCAAAAUGAAGAUAAAGAAUCAAGAGGUGAACAACCCACUGUGAUAGAAUGUCCAACCCUGGAUAGGAUGCUUGCUGCCUUGGAAGCUAAGCAGAUGAAGGGUCAGUAUGAUACGUCCUUACAUCUUAAAGCACAGGUGGACAAUCUACAAGGGAGGAAUGAUGAACUCAGGAGAGAGCUGAGGGAAGCCCGGUUUGAAGCAAACAAGGCUAGAUCUGAAGCUGAAAAGACCCUUGAAAGGGUAACCAAGCUCCAAAAUGAUAUCAAAGUCCUCCAAGAGGCAGGUGCAGGUGCUGGAAUGCUGCAGACCCUGGCACUACCUGAAGGCAUGGCCCCCACCAGUGCUGAUGUCAUAGCCAGUCUUAAUGAACACCUGGUACAGACAAUACAGGAACUCUCACUAAAAGAAGAAAUGAUCAAUAAAAUGGAAGCCUCAUUGGAGACUUUUAAGAGAAAAUUUGCAGUGAUGCGUCAUCAGCAAGGUCUAGUCUACCAAGAAUACAUACAGGAAAAGAAGACCUGGGAAGAAGAUAAACAAAAAUUGGAGAAUGAUUUAAAGAAUUCAGAAGGAAUUCACAGUGAAGAUAAAGUUCGCUUACAGGAAUUUGAUCGUUUAUUAGACACCUUGUCUAAAGAUGAUAUUGAAGUGCGCCGGCGUCUGGCAGAUAUGACCAGAAAGAUCACAGUACUACGGGUGAAUGAGAAAGCAUUGACCAGGAGGUAUAACAGCAUGCAGGAAGUUGAAGGAUAUCUUAGAAAGGAAGGCAACAAAUUGAAGAAUGAGAUGGUUGCUAUGGAAACUGCUGUAACGGAAAGACUUGGGUAUCUACAGAGAUAUAAGGACAUGGCUGCCUUUAAGAUUGCUUCUCUUCAAAAAGCUCUUGAGGACUCUGUGCCAAUGUCAGAGCUGGAGUUGGCCAAUAAACAGUACAAUGACCUCACAGAAAAAUACAGAGACUUACUGGAGAAGGGAAAUACACUUGUGGCCCAGUCAGAGUCAACAGCAGGGCUAGAGUUGGAAAUCAAAAGAUUACAACAUGAAAAUGAUGGGCUGAAAAAGGAAAUGGAAAUUGAAAAAGAAAAGUUGCAUACUUUGGAGGGAGCUAUGGAUGAAAUGAGAAAACAAGGUAUCCCUGGUACUGGAGCCAUAAGUGAUGCUGGAAUUGUUUCCCUGUCUAAGAAAAUCACCACCCUGGAGAUGAAGGAGCUAAAUGAGCGUCAGAGGGCUGAGCAUGCUGUCAGGAUGUACGAGCAGCAGAAGGGAGCUCUCAGGGGGAUGGAAGAAAGAAAUGCAGAUUUGGAGCAAAAAUUUGCUGAGCUGACCAAAAUGAAUAUUGAGGCACAAAGAGUGGAAAGAGAACUGAGAGAUGAAUUGGCCAACUGUGUGACAAGAGCUGUGAGUGAGGCUGACAGAAAAAAGGUUGCAGAACUGUCUCAGUCUGAAGCUUUCUUGAAAAAUGAGGUAUCAAGACUAAAGGAAAUAGCUGAGGUAGGCACAAUGCAGGCACAGGCAUAUGAGGCACAACAGGUAUCCAGGGAAAAAGAACUCCUCUCCUUAAGGCAGCAGCUGGCAGAUAUACAAGCUCAGAGUGAUGAGAAAACUAUUAUAGGAAAACUUCACAGACAUAUAGUUCAGUUGCAAGUCAGUGAAGGCACAGCAGUUAGGAAGCUCCUACAGGCAGAGAAGAAGAUAAAAAAGUUGGAUGCUCAGUUGUUAAGAUUGCAGCAGAGACUGGACGAGAGGGAUCAGACCCUGUACCAUAGCCGACAGGAGGCCAAUAAUAAAUCCAAGCAUCUCAAGAGGACAAUACAGGAAUUGAGGCGACAGUUCAGUGGAGCUGUUCCUCUAUCCCGUCAAGAAAAGUUUGCUAAAGCUAUGGUGCAGUUACAUGAAGAUAAAUCUGAGAUAGAAUGCAGACUUAGAGAGGUAAAUGAGCAGAGGCAGGAUGUUGAAGACAAGCUGGCAGAAUUAGAACUACAACACAAAGGCCUCCAGGAACUCAUGGCUUCUAUUAAGGAUGGGAAAGGUGCACAGAAAGUGGUGGAGUGGCACAGCAAGAUGGAGUCACUGAGAUUAGAGGAUCUAAAACAGAAGAGAAUGAUCACUAAAAUGCAGGAACAAGCAAGAUAUUUUGAGAAUCUCAACAAAAACCAAGAGAAGACAAUAGCAGAGCUUGAGGAGGAGAAUGUAAAGACAUCUAAGUAUUAUGAUGACAGGCAACUUUUAUGGGAACAACGUGAGGUAGAACUUGAGCGCAUUAUUGCCAGCAUGGAGAAACAGCAAGCAGAGAUUGCAGGGGCAGCAUCCAAGUUUGAAGAAGCAACAGGUGCCCUUCCAGAUCCUUCUCUCCCAGUAGCUAACCAGUUGGAACAAGCCAUCACAACCAUUAAACAGAAUGUGAAAACUAUUCUGGAAACACAGGUGCAACACAAACAGCUCAAGCAGAAAGUACUUGAGCUUGAACAUGCAUUGAGAGAAGCAGAAUCCAAUGUGAUCAGCAGAGAUAAGGUGAUAGCUGAGCUGAGGGUCCGCCUGCCUGCCACAGCUGGUAGGGAUGAGAUGAUCCUUCAUGCUACAGCCAAAGCCACAGAGGCAGCACUAGCAGAGGACUAUGAAACAAAACAAGCUCUCAAAGUAGCUCAGUCUACCAUAGGCAGUCUACAGGCAAGGAUAGCCCAGAAAGAUGAGACAAUACAAAAGUACCAAGACUUGUUGAGACAGGUUCGAGAGGACAUGCAGGAUAUGGGGAAGAAACAUGAGCAGGAGAUGAAACUGUUGCAGGAUAAGCUGCACUCCAAGAAUGAUGAUGCUUUCAGCAAGUUUAAACAGACAGCUAUGCAGUUGAUUAACAAACCCCAGGAUACACUUCCAACCAGUAAACAGCUGGCUCGUUUGAAUGAGCUGGAAGACACAGUGGCUGAGCAAGACAAUGCAAUGGCAGCCAUGACAGAGAAACUGAAGGCAGCAAGAGAACAGAUAGAAAGAUGGAAACUGAAACUUGAGGACAGUGUGAAAACUAUGACCCAAGAGAAGGAAAGGAUGUUGGAUGAGCACCAGUCCAUGGUGGCCCAGUUGAAGGAGCAGUUAGAGAGGUAUGUGGAGAGAGUGGCAGAGCAGGAGAAGGAGAUGGAGGUGCUGCAGCAGGAGCUGAUUACCCAGAAAGAUGCCAAUGCCAGGGCACCAACCACAGCCAUGAAGAACCUGGUGGAGAGGCUGAAAAAUCAGCUGGCAGCUAAAGAGAAACAGCAACAGGCAUUGAGUAAAGCCCUGACUGAGCUCCGUGCAGAUAUGGUAAGCCAGGCCCAGGAACAAGUGAAGAGUCAUGCUGAAGAAGCUGCUGUGGAAAUCAAUGUCCAGAGGGUGGUGGAGAAAAAUACCAAAGAACUCAAGGACCAAAUUGAGGAUUUAGAAUCUCAACUUCAGAGAGCAAAAAGGGAGUUGAAAAAACGGAGAGAAAAAGAAACUGCACUAAAUACUGAAAUAGAAGAACUAAAAGAAGAUCUGACAAAAAGGGAAUCUCAGGUUACAAAGUUAAAAGAAACCAAAUUGAAAUUAGAGCAUGAUGUAGAGGAAUUAGAAAAGCGAGCAGAGAGGCUCAGUGCUUCAAAAUCACAGAAGACUGUUGAACCAGAUGGGAGACAACUUGAACUGGAGGAGUUACGCAGAAAGAUUCGCCUUUUGGAGGAUGAGUUGAAGAGAAAACAGCAGGCAGAGAAACCAUAUGAAGUCAAAGCUGAGCUGGAGCCUCGGGUUAUGAAGAGUGAUGAUACAGUAGCCCGUUGGGAGGAGAGUAAGAAAUGGCAGAAGACAGUGGACCGGCUGAAGGCCAGGCUGAAGGAGAAAGAGGAGGAGGUGGACAGAAUGCAGAGACAUGCUGACCUCACCAAAAACGCAUUGGACAGAGCUAACAGAGACAAGGAAAGUCUAGAAAGUAGGUUGAAGGCAACCGGGAAGUCCACUGUGGUGCCUACAGGACGCAGCACACACAACUUGGAGGAGCUGAGAAGGAAAAACUAUGAAUUGGAAGAACAGGUUGCAGACCUCAAGAGGCAAAUCACCCAGGGUCGUGAUGCAGCAUUUGAAGAGGUCCAGCUAAGAAAUAAGUUUUUAACAGAGAAAUUGGAGGAGCUGGAGAGACAGCUGGCCAGAAGGACACUCACAGGGCAGGCUCCAGGUCCUGAGAGCCAAGCCUAUCAACAGCUGUAUGACAAAGAGCAAAGCCUGCAAAAGCAAGUAAUCAGACUCUCAGAAGAAAACAUUGAACUCAGAUUUGAAGCAGAGCAAGCUGCAAAAGACAUUCCAAGACUAAAGGAAAGAAUAGAAGACCUGCAGCGUUAUGUGGAGGUGCUGAAGUCUGAGAACCUGAAUACCAGUGCCAGGUCCUCUGGAGGAAAUAUUAAGAAGAUUGGGGAGAGUGGUAAGAGCACAAGAGAGCUGGAGAAGACUAUAGCUUUGCUGAAGAAGGUUGUAGAACGUGUCCAGGCAGAGAAUGAAACCUUGAAAAAGGCACCAGGGAUUGUGUCUAAUGAAGAACUUCAGAUGUUAGCCAGGGAAAAUGAAGGGUUAAAGGAUCAACUGGAGGAACUCCGUCAGAAAAUGGGGGCCACUCUGACUGAGCGCUACUCCAGUGCUCAAAAGGGAACUGCUAAGAUAAUGACAGAUUACGAAAGACUGAGAAAAGAUUUAAAGAAAGAAACUGACUUGAAUGAAAAACUCAGAAUACAGAAUAAUCAGCUUGAAACGGAGAACAAGCAUUUAGAGAAGGAGCUUGAAGAGACAAAGGAAAAGUUAAAGAUAGAGCAGGCCAAACACCCCAGUCUAAGCAGUCUGGAUAGUAAGGGCUGGAAGUCUGUAGUGGUCACCAGAAUGUAUGAAGAUAAACUCAAGGGUCUGGAGGGAGAGAUGGAGAGAAAGAACCAGCAGUUGAAUGACUUGAAGCAGUUGCUGAAAGAUGCUGCAGAGAGAGAACAGGGUUGGUUGAAAGAGAAAGAAGACAUGGAAGAAAAAAUUGAAGUAUUGGAAACGUUUCCUAUGGAGGAUAGUUCUACCAAUCCAGACACUAUGAGAGCAUACCAGCAAGCAAGGUUAACCAUUGAUCGCCUGGAGAAGGAGAAGGCUGAGCUGCUUCAUGAACUGAGGUUGUUUGGUCAACAGCCAGGAGCUGGGAAAGUGGCCAGUGGAGCUGCAGAGAAGGCCACUGAAGACAUGAUCUAUAAAGUGCGAGCUUAUGAGAAGGUGAUGAGGGAAAAUGUUGAAAUCAGAACGGAUCUCAAGUCAGUUAUGUUAGACAGAGACAAACUUGCUAUGGAGGUAGACAAGUUGAAGAAAGAGCUUGCUAACUUUGGACCAGAAUUCUUUGAAGAAAUAGAAGACCUGAAGUAUAACUACAGAGAAGCCGUCCAGAAAAAUGUGCAAUAUGAAGAACAAUUGUCAAACAUUUCCAAGCAGUUUGGAGUGGCAGUGAAUAUUCCUGGUGCAGGGACGUGAUGAAAUAAGUUCCAAAAAAAUGAUA